CUUGGCCAAAACAGGAAGCAAAUAUAGGAGGGGAAGCUGAGCUCAAGCAGUCGGAAACUGGGUUGCCUACAGCAAAGAAUUGGGAACAGGAGCAAGACAGCCUUAGCUGCUGGCAGAGCAAACAUGGAUCCGAUGGCUUCAGCAGGACCCAUGGACAAUUCUGUGUUUGUGCGGGCACCCCACAACAGCUAUCCUGCGACCCAAGAAGGCAUGUGUCAGGUGGCCCUGUAUCCAAGCAACCAGCCCCAAGUACACCUACUUCCUGUGAACCCACCAGGUUUGAAACCAUCUGUGAGUGAGCAACCUGUCCGGAGAGCUUUGAAGGAGGGCAAAGCCUUAGGGGCCAUCCAGAUCCUGAUUGGCCUGAUACACAUCAGCCUCGGUUCCAUCAUGGCCACUGUACUCUCUGGACACUAUGCAGCUAUCUCACUCUAUGGAGGCUUUCCCUUCUGGGGAGGCAUCUGGUUCAUUGUUUCAGGAUCCCUCUCAGUGUCAGCAGAAAAUCAGCCGAAAUCUUCUUGCCUGCUGAAUGGCAGCUUGGGCUUGAACACCGUCAGUGCAAUCUGUUCUGUGGUUGGAAUCAUACUCUUCAUCAUGGAUAUGAGUCUCGCCCCCACCUAUGCCUACUCUCUCUCUUAUUCCCACUAUGCCACCUGGGGUGUGACCCCUGGCAUGGCUAUUUCUGGUGUGCUGCUCAUCUUCUGCCUCCUGGAGUUCUGCGUAGCAUGUGCAUCUUCCCACUUUGGCUGCCAACUGGUCUGCUGUCAGCACAACUACGUGGGUGUGGUCCUCCCGAAUAUCUGUGUGGCAAAUCCAGGGGUCAUCCCAGAACCAGUGAACUUGCCACCAACUUAUUUCAACGAGGUCCAGGGCUCCAGAUAAGCAAAGCCAAAGCUUCUAGAAGCAUCUUUCAGAGACCAAAAGAAGA